AUGGAGACGUUCUAUAAUGGUCUCAACACUUACACAAGAAUGGUGGUUGAUGAUUCGGGGAAUGGGGUUCUUCUUGCUAAGUCCUAUAAUGAGGCAUAUGAAAUCCUUGAGAGGAUAUCCAACAACUAUCAGUGGCCCACUACUAGAUCAUCUACAGGUAGAAAGGUGGCUAGUAUUCAUGAUGUAGAUGCCAUCACUUCCUUGGCGGCCCAAGUUUCCUCUAUUUUGAAUAUGCUUAAGACAAUGAACAUGGGGAUGAAUCAGUCAAUGGGGCAGCCUAUGGGGUCACAAAUGGGGCAAAUGGAGAACAUUUCUUGUGUGUAUUGUGGUGAGGGUCAUAUUUUUUACAAUUGUCCUUCCAAUUUCGCAGUUGUGUGUUACAUGGGGAACCAAAAUAGGAAUGGUCCUUAUUCUAAUUCCUACAAUCCAUCAUGGAGGCAACAUCCCAACUUUUCUUGGAAUAAUCAAUGGAGAAGUGGGAAAGAGUUGGAGAAUAACAAGACAAAUUCUGGGCAUGAGGAUGAGCCCACUUCAAUCCAAAUAAAUGAGGAAAUCCAAAACGAUGUUGAAAUUUCUAGUGUACCAAAAUUUGCCUCUGCCCAGAAUGUUGCACAAUUGCUACAGCAUAGUCGCCCAGACAGCUCAAUUUCAAAGCAGCUUCCUCCAUUUCCUCAACGUUUUCAGAAGCAAAAGUUGGAUUCUCAAUUCAAGAAAUUUCUAGAUAUGUUGAAGCAGUUGCAUAUCAACAUCCCACUUGUAGAGGAACUUGAGCAAAUGCCUAACUAUGUGAAAUUCAUGAAAGAUGUUCUUACAAGGAAGAGAAGGUUAUGA